CAUCUCCGCACACAGAAGUUGUUUGCUUCCGUCUAAUCAUGGACACGAAGCACUGCAUCUCCAUCGCACUGGCUGUUCUCCUUGCGUUCUGUUCCUCUCGAGCUGCGUGCCGAAUCGUUUACGAGAAAUCCGCCGCUAACAGCACCGUUGUUGGCGGCGAAGCAACGGCCAAAUUCGCGAGGAUCAGAAAUGCCAAAGCCGAGCUGACGAUAAACGGGUUCCAGAGGGGCGGGUCAGGUGGCGGGCCGUCAGAGUGCGACGGCAGGUUCCACCCGGACGACACGCCCGUAGUGGCGUUGUCGACCCCGUGGUACGCUCACGGGCAGCGGUGUUUCCGGUCCAUCACCAUUCGGGGGCCCAAUGGGAAUUCGGCGACAGCACGCGUGGUGGAUGAAUGCGACGUCUCUCACGCCCACUGCAAGCCCAAUAUCGUCGACGCAUCCAAAGCCGUGUGGGAAGCCCUGAAGGUGCCGCACAACCAGUGGGGCCUAAUGGCGGUCACCUGGUCAGACGAUUGAUUGCUUUGCUCACUGUCGAUCACUCAAGUCGUUGGUGUCGCAAAAAUAUGGAUCGUAUGUACGCGUCGAAUAAGAUGUGAGAAAGAAAUUGAGUCUGUCAGGUUUAUCUUUCCAUUUUGAGUUUGUUUUGGGUGUCUUUUUCUUUGUUGGAAUAAAACGCUUAUCGUAGC